AUGGCAAGUGAGGCACCAAGUUGGGCUGAUCAAUGGGGUGCUGGUGGUUUUGGUGCAAUGGAAGAUGACAAUACCAAAUCUCAAAAUGAUGCAAACACUAAGAAUUCAGGUGGGAAGGGUGGUUUAAGCAAAGCCAGAGCAACUGCAUCAAACUGUGUAAAGUGGUUCAAAAGUUUGUGCAAGAGAAAGCCACCAACUAAGCAACUGGGUUAA